CCAGGCGCGACAUGCUACAUGAACUCGCUGCUGCAGACACUGUUCAUGACGCCCGAGUUCAAGGCCAAGCUGUACUCGUGGAGCUAUGACGCCGAGGCAGAUGGCGAGACCGAGUCGUGCAUCCCGUAUCAGCUGCAGAAGUUGUUUGGCAGGCUUGAUCUGAUGGAGAGCGAGGCUGUGGGCACUCGGGCGCUGACCCGCUCAUUCGGGUGGUUUGGCAACGAGGCCUUUGAGCAGCACGAUGUGCAGGAGCUCUGCCGAGUCUUGUUUGAGGCGCUCGACAAGUCGUUUCUGCAUCGGAUGCUGUUUGCCGGAGCCGAGGGGCCGGAGCAAGGCGACGCACCCGAGUCGGCAGCCGCGCUGGUCACCACGCUGUACGAGGGCAUCAUGACCGGGUACAUCGACUGCCAGGCGUGCCCGUAUGUGUCGGAGCGCAACGACACGUUCCAGGACAUCCAGGUCCCGAUCCGCGGCCUGGCGAGCAUCACCGACGGCCUCGCGGCGUUUGUCGAGCCCGAACGGCUCGAGGGCGACAACCAGUACCAGUGCUCGGGAUGCAAUGCCAAGGUUGAUGCACUCAAGGGCAUGUCGAUCAAGAAGCUGCCGUAUCUGCUCUCGCUCCAGCUCGCCCGCUUUGACUUUGACUACAUGACCAUGUCGCGGGUCAAGGUCCACGACUUUGUCACCUUUCCGCAGUUUCUGGACAUGGCGCCGUUCCUCGCGACGGGCGCCUCAGCGCCGGUCCGCUACCAGCUGUUCUCCAUCAUGAUCCACGCCGGUGGCGCCAUGGGCGGCCACUACUACGCGUACGUAUACUCGUUUGCGCUCGGCGCGUGGUUCAAUUUUAACGACUCCAAGGUCUCGCCCGCCACUCCCGAGAUGCUCGCGGCGGUCGGCCUGGAAGACGCCAUCGCCGAGGUCGAGCAGGUCACGCCCGGCGGCUCGGAAGAGUCGCCGGCCACCGCUUACAUGCUCAUGUACCGGCGGGUUGACGAGGCCCGCAACAUGGCUGACGUUCCAGCGAGCGCCAUCCCGGAGUUCUGCCUCGCCGACACCGCCACCGAAAACGCCGCCUACCGCGAGCAUCGCGCCAAGGUCGAGCACGAGAAGAACAUGCUCAAGCUGCGGGUGUACUGUGGCGACGAGUCGCCGAUGCUGCGGGUCCACUCGACGCGGACGCUGCGGGCCGCGCUCGACGAGGCGCUCGAUGAGCUUGACGCUGUCGACGCAAGCAUCGAUCGCAGCCUCGUCCGCCUCCGCGCCUUCAACCCGUUCACCAAGACGCCCGGAGCCGUGUACGACGACCGCGAGCUUGACUCGAGCCUGCAGGACCUUCUCUUCCCGGCUGUCAAGUCGCUCCUCCUUGAGGUGCGCAGUCCCGGCGAAGAGUUCCCCGACGACGGCGCAGGCGCGCUCACGCUCCAGUCUGCCACGCUCGCCGACAUGGAGUCGACCGGCGCCAUUGUGGAGAACGACUACGCCACCAACUUUUUCACUCCGCUCCGCCCGCUGCCGAUUGCCAAGACUGCUCCGCUCUCCGCGCUCAAGGCCGCCUUUGCGGAGCAGUAUCCCUACCUUGACGCGGGGAGCAUCCAGCUGGUGACCAUCGAUCUCGCUCGCGGCACCGCGCGGGUUCUCGACGCUUCGCCGGCGGGUGAUGGCGAGGACGACUCUGUUUACGGCCGCCACGGGCUCGACGACGGCUCGUGCGUGUACGCCGAGCCGCUGCCGGCGACGCCCGGCGACUCGGUCAUUGUCCGCCGCUUUGAGUAUGAGCAGAACCUGCUCGAGGUCAACUUUAACCUCCCGCUGGCUCCCGACGCGCCGCCGGGCGCGCAGGUCGAGUACGACCAGGUCGUCACCUUUGAUCGCCGCAAGACGCUCGCCCAGCUGAAGGCCGAGGGCAUUGCGCCGCUCCUUGGCCUCGGCGUCAACGAGUUCAAGCUCUGCCGAAACCUGCUCUCGAAAGAGUACAAGGACGAGGAGGCGAGCCUCGAGGCCUGCGGCAUCUUUGACGGCUCGGCCGUCUACGUCGCCCUCGGCGCGCCGAUGAAAAUCGAUGAGCACAAAAUCCGGGUGUUUGUGUACGACUCUGACUACGCGCGGGUGGUGGCGCCGGCGCAGACUGAGGUCGAUACGGCCGCGGCUGUGCCUGCCGCUUCACGUGGCGAUGGCGGCCUCUCGUCGCGCGGCGACGUCCGCGAGGCCCGCCGCUUCUCGUCGCUCCUCGUCGAGGUCAUUGUCAACCGCAGCAUCACGGUCAACGACCUCCGCGCUCGCAUCAUCGCAGCCAUGAGCCAACUCGAGGCGUCGCACCCGAUGCACGUUGCGGCCAUCCGCGAUGUCGUCGACGGCGGUAUGCACGCCCGACUCCGCGAGCGGGUCAACCACCGUGCCGGCGCGGUCCUCCUCGGCCACCUGACCCUUGCCGACGCGUUGCCGGCGCUCAAGGACCGGCACUCGCUCGCACUGCAGGUUGUACCGGUCGAGACGAAGACGAGCGAAGACCUCGUGGUCGUCCGAGUCCAGCGCUGGCUGCCGUCAACCUGGUCGGCCGAGCCAGUCCAGACCGAGAUGGUUGUUCCGCUGGGCGCGAGCCUGGGCGAGCUCCGGGCGCAGGUUGCGUCGAUCUCGGGUCUUGACCUCGACGUGAUCCGCGUCGCCAAGCCGCUCAUUGCCACCUCGCAGGCCGACCUGCAGGACGCGGUGCUCGACCUGCAGUGGGCCAUGUCGGACGCGCUGGUCGUCGGCGAGUCGCCGCUCCUCCUCCGCGAUGGCGUUCUCCUGCUGUACAAGGACGAGACCGAGGCCGCCAUCAUUCCAGACUCGGUCCUCGAGCGUCGGCCCAAAGAGUCUGGCCUCCGCAUCCACACCCGAUACGAUGACGACUACGUCGCGCCACCGAGCGCGGGCGGGGCCAGCGAGGACAAGCCGGCAGUUGACGGCGAGGCCGAGGCCGAGGCCAAGAACGAGCUCAAGCCCGAGUCGUAGCCGCGUUCUCUACAGCACCGGGCGGCGAUAAACAUGAGCACACGUGCA